GGGCACCCUAGGAUUCUUUUGAGUAUUUCCACAUAGUCGGUUGUUUAUUGUACCUUCAUUUUUAUCCAUUUUCUUCACUCUUCGUUCUAAUACUACAAAUUCCGUUUCGGUGAUUCGGUUACUACCGUUUCGUUGAUAUUUAACCCAUUUUUUGUUCGUUGUUGUUGAUCAAUUUUGAGCUGUUGAGUCAAUGGGAAUCAUGGAUCAAAUGGAUAAGGAAUGUUGUUCAUAUAAGGAAAUGAGUGUGAUCAAGAAGUGUUGUUCUGAUUGCAAAACCACCAAAACUCCACUUUGGAGAGGAGGACCAAAUGGCCCCAAGACGUUGUGCAACGCUUGCGGAAUUAGGUACAGGAAAAGAAGGGGUUGUUGUAAUAAGAAAGGACAAGAAAAGGAAAGGAAGAGAGAGAGAGCAGAAAAUGGUGUUGGUGGUAACGAUGAUUUGAGAGUGUGUUUGAAAAUGAAGUUAGUGGCGUUGGGUGAAGAGGUUUUGUUGAAUUCGGUUAUGAAGAAACAAAGGAUGAUCAAAUUAGGGGAAGAGGAACAGGCUGCUGUGUGUUUGAUGGCAAUUUCCUGUGGCUUUGUUUUUGCUUGAAAUGUGAAGGAACAUAAUUCCUUAGUUGUUACCAUCAACAUUAACAUUUUAAAAUGCUGAUUAAUUAGGAUCCCACAAACCAUUUUGCUGUCAAAUAGCUAACUUUUUUUUCUCCUUUUCUUUGGGGCAUUGUAAAGUGAUAUUUAUAUACCUUUUUUAGGAUAAAAGGGGUAUGUAAUUCACUUGGGUCCAAUCUAGUUAGGGACUAGGGAAUGAAGUGGCCAAUGUAUGGAAAGGAUUGGCUUUUCUUUUUUGUUUCUUCUGUUUAUAAUAUGUUCAGCUCAGUUAGUUAUUAAUGUAAGUAUUUCAGAUUUAUGUACGGGUAAUUAUCAUUAUUAUU